AUGGCGCCUAUCAUCCAUUCCGCCAAACUCACAGUCUCCUGUCCCCUGUUCGCAGCCGACUUUGACCCGCGCAACAACGGGCGUCUGCUGGUCGGCGGCGGAGGCGGCGAAGGCCGCAGCGGAGUCGGGAAUAAGAUCUCUUUGAUUGAUACGUCACGUCGAGAUGAGAUCACCGAGGCCGUGGAGAUUAACUUGUCGCGCGACGAGGAUUCGGUGACGUCGCUCGCUGCGGCGCCGCAGGUUGGCGAUGAUGAGGGCUCGCUGGUCGUCCUGGCUGGUAUCAACAGCUCUAUUCAGGAACAGGAGAAGAACAACAACAAUCAGCACAUGCGAUCCUUCCGAUUUGAAGCGCCUCAAAAGAAGAAGACUGUGAGCUCGGCCAAGUUGCAGGACAACUCGGAAGCUUCCAAGAAGGACACAACAGCGAAGAAGGAGAAGACGGUUGAGGAAGUGAUUCCUGGAAAGGCAGAGACUCUGUCGCGUGCUUCAAUCUUCCGUACAAAGGGAGCCGACUCGGGCGAUACUUAUCAACGAGUCUUGAGGCUGUCUUCUUGGAAGAAGCCCGCCGAUGCCUCGAAGAAGAGCAGUCAAACUACCAGAGUCGGCGCUAUUGCGACUGGUCUGGCGCAGUCUGGCGAGAUUGUUUUCUUCGCAGUUACAGAGGGACCUACCGAGUCAGAUGUCAUCGGCCGUAUCCGUCUGGACAGCAACGAAGAAGCCGAGGAUGUGGACUUUGCCAGCCUGGAGGAUGACCCGGAGCAGACGGGCGAUGCCCGAGGUAAAUACCGUGUGGCAUAUACCAACGGCGCCGAUGUGAUGGUUGGUGAGAUCUCCUCAUCUACACGCUCCAACUCCGCUCCCGAUGUCAACUGUGUCUAUACCAUUCCUCUCCCCAGCAGCGGCGCCCGUGCUGCGCGUCCCAAGUUCCGCGCCUUGCGCUUCCUCUCCUCAACAGCACUACUCCUCCUCCAAAAUGCGCCAAAUCGAAGUGGUUGCGAGUUGGUUAUUCUUCGCUUGCCUAAAACCAAAAACGGCACCGCAACUAUCGUACGGCGUCGCAAGCUGCCCCGGACUGUUCAGAUUGGCCUGGGCCUUGAUAUUUGUCCCCUUGGUACCAACCCAGCUGGGCAACAGCAGACUAUUAUUGCUGUCAGCGGCAGUGACAACUCGAUUCUAUUGUGGACGGUCGAGUUCGGCCCUAACAAGGGCUACGGCGCCAUUCGGCCUUACACAACCCUCCGCGACGUGCACCCAUUCUCCAUGACGAAACUCGUCUUCUCUCCCUUCACAGCUCCAGCCCACCCCGUCACUCCCGACGUACUUCCCCAAAACGUCAAGCUCGCCUCCAUCAGCAUGGGUAACACCAUCGUUGUCCACACUUUCCCGCUCUCCCCCUUCCCCGCCUCCUCCCGCACCCCACGCUAUGUCCUAUCCUUGCCCGGCCCCGCCGAAUUCUGGGAGGGCCUGCUCUAUGCUUGCGUUCGCCGAGAUCCGCGGCGGUACACCCCCGUCCUCGGCGCAGCGCAAUGGCUGCCUCCAUCAUGGCGCAAUGCUAUUGUCAACGAGUACACCCCACCUGCACCAGGCAAGGGCUCAUACAUCGAUUACCUCCUCUCACCCAAGGCCCAAGAGCCAGUGCCAGUGCCAGUGGCAAACGUCAUCGAGGAAAGCCAAAUCGAAAGCUUGAGAGAAAUCCUCGAUCGGGUCCACAGUGCCGGCGCCGCACCAAUCGACCUCGAGACUAUAAGCCCACACGCCCUAUCAGUCAUCCUACGCUGCCACGAUGGUAUAACCGCGGAACAAAGUGUCCUCAUCGAGACAUUAUCUUCUCACCGCGCUCAUGACGAUAAAGCCGAAGCAGAAAAGUUCCGCACUUGGGCCGAUCUCAAUGUUGAAGACCAGGCUGCAUGGAAACGGCGAUUGACUGAUGCCGGGCGUUGGGCUGCUGAUGAGGGCGAGGCUGUGUUAAAGGGGGUUUUGUUUGGUGAGGCUUGUGGGCAGUUGCGUCAUGCUGUUGAGCAGGGAUUGUCUUGA